CACGGGCUGUGUGUGACGUUUGCAUUGGCCAGGCAGCCACAGGAAUACACACAGCACUGAAUUAAACCAUGGAGACCCUUGUCAGCCUACCGUUUACUGUUCUGGAAUGCCCAAAUAUCAAACUUAAAAAACCAUCAUGGCUGCAUAUGCCUUCUGCAAUGACCGUCUAUGCCAUCGUGAUUGUUUCAUAUUUUCUCAUCACCGGUGGCAUAAUUUACGAUGUUAUCGUUGAGCCUCCGAGUGUCGGAUCAAUGACGGAUGAACACGGGCAUCAGAGACCAGUGGCUUUUCUGGCAUACAGGGUGAAUGGACAGUAUAUCAUGGAGGGGCUGGCCUCCAGCUUUCUCUUCACAAUGGGAGGCCUUGGCUUCAUAAUUCUGGACCGCUCUAAUGCACCCAACAUUCCCAAGCUCAACCGUUUCCUCCUGCUCUUCAUCGGCUUUGUUAGCGUGCUACUGAGCUUUUUCAUGGCCAGAGUCUUCAUGAGGAUGAAACUGCCUGGUUAUCUCAUGGGUUAAGGAUCAACACCUUCAAAAUGGCAUCAACAUCUUGAAUAUCGCACACGCCACAGACAGACUGAAGAGAAUGCAUCAGAAAUUUUGUUUUAGUGCCAAGGACGACAGUCUGUUAUCAAACUAUUUGUAAUCAACCAGUAUGAUUGGGAAAAUAUCCUACUCUUUUUGUGUGUGUGUGUGUGGGAGAGAGAGGGAAAGUGUGUGUUUUUGUGAGAGACAUGCUACUUUUCCAGUUGGGCACUUAAAUUACUGGAUUGUGCACAAUAAUACACAAUUUCUUCUCACCCCUGUAGAGACUUCUGUAACAACUACUUAUUGAUGCUCUGAAAAUGACUGUUGUGGUCGAUGAAAAUCCAAUUCCUAAAAUCCAAUCCAAUUUUUGUACACUGCUUCACCAGUGGAAUUUUUUUCUAUAAUAAACAAAUGUACCUUCCACAACUAUGAAUUCUUCAUUGAUUCGCAAAUCUACUCAUUUGUCAUUGCCAAAUCCUGUGUAAAAAAAAAAAAAAAAAAAAAUGUUGAUAAAUACUCAGUACAAUACAGUGCUCUUUGUGAAAGUUUUAAAUUACCAAAUGCUACAUUUGUGGAGUAAUAUGUUUUACAAAACAAUGAGCACAUCUUACAAUAACAUAAGGCCUAUUUUGUUAUGUUAGAGUUUGUGGUAGUUUUUAAGCACUAGAGGGCAACACUGAAUUAAAAAAAAAAAAAAAAAAAAAGUAUGAGUGAGUGCAAAGCUAUUGAAUUAAGACUGAACAACCACUUCAUAUUGUGCACUGUAUACCUUUGUUUUACCUGGGGCUUAUGGUGAAAUUUUUAGUUUUAGGCUCAAUCUAUUGCAAUUUUAGUGAAUAUUGCAUUAAAGGUCUUUCAUUCUACAUCA